CUCCUCCUCCUCCCUAAGUGUGCAGACAGCAUCGCAUCACCUGGUUUGCCUCUGAGAAACAGCAUCUCUCCUUUUCAGGGACCAGAGACUCGGGGAGAGGAGACAUCUAAUGGAGUCGGCUUGAUACCCCAAAAUAAAAUAAUAAAUUUUGGCUCUCGUCCCCUCCUCCCACCCCCACCCCCUCAGCCCUGUGUGAGAUGUUGGGUUUCUUCUUGAGACAUUGUUGAGGAGUCGCAGUGGUUGGACAGGCGCAGGGGGGAGACUACCUCUACUCCCUCCUCCCCACCUUUUUUCUCUCUGGGAGGAGGAGGAGGGGAAGGGGGCUUGCAGAGCAAGCGAUGGAUGAGGAAAACAUGACGAAAAGCGAGGAGCAGCAGCCUCUGAGUUUGCAAAAAGCCUUACAGCAGUGCGAGUUGGUCCAAAACAUGAUAGACCUGAGCAUCUCCAACCUGGAAGGGCUUAGGACCAAAUGUGCCGCCUCCAACGACCUCACACAAAAAGAGAUCCGGACCCUGGAGAGCAAGCUGGUGAAGUACUUCAGUCGUCAGCUGUCUUGCAAGAAGAAGGUGGCCCUGCAGGAACGCAACGCGGAGCUGGAUGGCUUCCCCCAGCUCCGGCACUGGUUCCGGGUCGUGGACGUGCGCAAGGAAGUCCUGGAGGAAAUCACCCCUGGCCAGCUGAGCCUGGAGGACCUCCUGGAGAUGACGGAUGAGCAGGUGUGUGAGACCGUGGAGAAAUACGGAGUCAACCGGGAGGAGUGUGCCCGCCUCAAUGCCUCCCUCUCCUGCCUUCGGAAUGUGCACAUGUCAGGAGGCAACCUUUCCAAACAAGACUGGACCAUCCAGUGGCCCACCACGGAGACGGGCAAGGAGAACAAUCCUGUGUGCCCCCCAGAGCCGACUCUGUGGAUCCGCACCCACCUCUCCCAGAGCCCUAGGGUCCAGUCCAAGUGUGCCCAGCACUACUGUCACACCAGCCCCACCCCCGGGGCCCCCGUGUAUACCCAUGUGGACAGGCUCACCGUGGACUCCUACCCAGGCCUGUGCCCACCACUGCCACUGGAGUCAGGCCACCGUUCCCUGCCCCCGUCGCCCCGGCAGCGGCAUGCAGUCCGCACCCCGCCACGUACUCCCAAUAUCGUCACCACCGUGACCCCGCCUGGCACACCACCCAUCAGGAGGAAGAACAAGCUGAAGCCCCCUGGGACCCCACCACCCUCCUCCCGAAAGCUGAUCCACUUGAUUCCGGGUUUCACAGCCCUGCAUCGGAGCAAGUCCCAUGAAUUCCAGCUGGGUCACCGUAUAGAAGAGGCCCACACGCCCAAAGCCAAGAAGAAAAGCAAACCCUUGAACCUUAAGAUCCACAGCAGCGUGGGCAGCUGUGAGAACAUUCCUGCACAGCAGCGCUCUCCGCUCCUCUCCGAGCGCUCCCUCCGCUCCUUCUUUGUGGGACAAGCGCCUUUCCUGCCCUCCACUCCCCCCGUCCACUCCGAGGCCAACUUCUCUGCAAACACACUGUCAGUGCCGCGCUGGUCCCCACAGAUCCCUCGCAGAGACCUCGGCAACUCCAUCAAGCACAGGUUUUCCACCAAGUACUGGAUGUCUCAAACAUGCACAGUCUGUGGGAAAGGAAUGCUUUUUGGCCUCAAGUGUAAAAACUGCAAGUUAAAGUGCCACAACAAAUGUACCAAAGAAGCCCCACCCUGUCACCUCCUGAUCAUCCAACGAGGAGCAAGGUUAGUCCGAACAGAGUCCGUCCCCUGUGACAUCAACAACCCUCUGCGGAAGCCACCCCGGUAUUCAGACCUGCACAUCAGUCAGACGCUCCCCAAAACCAACAAAAUCAGCAAGGACCACAUCCCCGUCCCUUACCAGCCCGACUCGAGCAGCAACCCCUCCUCCACGACGUCCUCCACACCCUCCUCACCAGCACCCCCGCUCCCUCCCAGUGCCACACCACCUUCUCCACUCCACCCUUCCCCACAGUGCACGAGGCAGCAGAAGAACUUCAACCUGCCAGCAUCCCACUACUACAAAUACAAGCAGCAGUUCAUCUUUCCAGAUGUGGUACCAGUACCAGAGACACCAACCCGGGCGCCCCAGGUCAUUCUGCAUCCAGUGACCUCGAAUCCAAUCUUGGAAGGAAAUCCGUUACUUCAGAUUGAAGUGGAGCCAACCUCAGAGAAUGAAGAGGGCCACGAUGAGGCCGAGGAAUCAGAGGAUGACUUUGAGGAGAUGAACCUGUCCCUCCUGUCGGCCCGGAGCUUCCCACGCAAGGCCAGCCAGACCAGCAUCUUCCUCCAGGAGUGGGACAUCCCGUUUGAGCAGCUGGAGGUCGGUGAGCUCAUCGGCAAGGGCCGCUUCGGGCAGGUGUACCACGGCCGCUGGCACGGAGAGGUGGCCAUCCGGCUGAUUGACAUCGAGAGGGAUAAUGAGGAGCAGCUGAAGGCCUUCAAGCGGGAGGUGAUGGCCUACAGGCAGACGCGGCAUGAGAAUGUCGUGCUCUUCAUGGGCGCCUGCAUGAGCCCGCCCCACCUGGCCAUCAUCACCAGGUCAGUCCUGCCCAGGCUUCCCACCCGGGCAUUCAUUUCGGUGCUGUGCUUCUAG